UUUUUGUUGGAAUCUCACGAUUUAGGGUUGACAUUUAUCAGGAUAAGAGAAUGUUGUUACACUGUUGAGUGCAAAAUACAUUAAGGGUUUCAGCAAGGUAAUGCCGAGGGUUUGUUUGGAUACCUUAAGUUAUUUCUCGCUUUGAACCAGACUGUCGAGUGGUUUAGGUAGUUUCAUGUUGUUGGGAUUGUAUUGUAAAACUCUGCAACAUGAAACUGUCUUAAUCGCUCCAGUUUAAUUCGUCCUUUAGCCUACGAUAUUUAAUUCUGCCCGUAUAGGCGGCAUGGACACGAUUUUCGAUUACUAAUAUACACUUCACAGCCUUACUCUUUCAGUUGUACAAAAGGCGUCUUUUAACCAUGCUAUAGCCAGUUGCUAUUACUGUUGUCAGAGUUGUUUAAUUUGUAAUUGCUAGAACGAGAAUGAUGCUAGACAUUGAUGUGUGCUCAUUCUAGACAGUACCUGACAAGGCCUAGGUUACGUCCAAAAAGCCGAAACCGAGCGUCGGGGGCUUUGGGCAACAGCGACCUCAGUGGCACGUAGAUGAGCUCAAAGCCCCAAUAUCCUCACUUUAGAGCUUUAGGUGGCUAAACACAAAAGAUUGGCUUUAUGGUGGCACUGCGGCACAACCAAAGAGGAUUUAUCUGUACCUAAAAGGCAUUGUGGUUGUGCUAACUCGGUUGUGUUAGCAAACAACCCUGUGCCGUUUACUGCCUCAACGGCCCAUGUUGUUUCCGUCCCUUUUCUUUCUUCUUUCUUAGUGUUUCCUGCUGUAAAAUAGUAAAAUGCUCUGCAUGUCCUUGUGGAGGUCACUAGUGGACCGUUCGGCAGUGUAAAGAUUAAAUGAAUUAUAUUUUUAAUUUAUUAAUUUUAAUCUUUAAAUAUAUUAAGUGCAAAUGUGUGUUUUUUAUUGAAUGUUCACUCUGGUAAAAGAUGCUCACACCCUUAGUAACCAGAAGGGCACACGGAUUGUAACCAUUUACAAUUAAUAUUUUUUUAUUGAUUUUAUCGUAUAUUUCUGAAUUUUCAUUGUAGCACGACACCCUAUGAGCACGUUAGACUUAAUUUUAUCUCUUAUAUUAAAAGGCAUGAUGGCAAAAUAUUUGAUGCAUUUACUAUUUUUAUUUUUUUCGUUUAUUAAAUUAAAGAAGCAUUAUUUAUGUUUUUUCUGAAAUUCCUAAAGUUGGUACUUUUCACAUUCCCAUAUCUGUGGCACAAUUAUAGGCCUACGUAAUUGUUGUUGUUGUUGUUAUUAUUAAUAUUAUUGCAUGUGGCUGUAAGUAACACAUUUUUGUAAACAUUAUUACAUCUAUACGAUACGUCAAAAUAUUAUUUUAUUGGACAGAAAUUGUUGAACACAUAACUAAGAUAAUAUUACGAACAUUAAAUUACUCCAGUAUUAGUAUUAGAUAAAAUCACAUUUUCGGAGGUUCCAUUCCAGUUUUAAAGUGCUGCAUAUAGUUUUUGUUAAAAUAACCACUUUGUAUUAUGGCCACGUUUACGUUAUUGCACUUUCAUUUGGGUAGAAUAUAAUUACAGAUUAUCUUCACAUUCAACGUGUUUUUUGGGAACACCUAUUUUAUUACAUCUAAGGCAUUCUUUACUUGCAAAAAUAAUUAAGGCAACACAAAUGUUCUAUUUUUAUACACACUUAUAAUUUGCCUAUAGCCUACUGCGCCACAUUGAAACGAUGAACUAUAAGCUGGACAGUGGACUUAACGAUGAACUUAUAAUUUUCAUAAUUAAGGUUCAUAAUUAAGGUAUAUUUUUCUCAUUUACAAGAACAUUUUGGAAUAAAAAAUAAGAUUGCUGAACACCAAAUGAAAGACCAAGAAUUAACGAAGCUAGAUGUUUCCUUUUUGUAUGUCAAGAUGACGUAUACAAAUCUGGGUACUAAUUUUCAUUUCCCGGUUACAUUGAUAAAAGAUAAAAAACACUACAGAAAACACAUUACUAUCAUUUAUCGGGUGUGGUGCAGUGUACACGAAACAAGCUCUUCCUACAACAAUUAAAAUAUCCCUACACUAAAUUAAACAUUGUGUUAGUAAAUGUGUAGUAACAAUUUAAGGCAUAUUGACUACAUUUAAAUCAUGGUUUUACUACAAAAAUCAUGUUUAAAGUGGUAACUCUAAUGAAACCAUUAUUAACGUUUAACUAUACUCACCAAUGUUUAUUUGUUGUAAAAUCAUGGUUAACUUUCCUUAGGAUAGCCUUUAUCAGAUAAUAGUCUGGGUACUCUGUUAAUUUAAUCUGGCAAAAUUUGCUAUUUAAUGCCGUUUUUCUGCAGACCGGUUGUAUAGAUUUUCCAAAUGUUAAAUAAUUACUGAAAACUCUUGGAAACCUCCAUGCUUUAAAACACAUUUACAGAACUGACCGAUUAGUUACUGUUGCUGAAAGUAAUAUUUUGUUAACACGCAUGUUAAUUUUAUUCCUCGUGAUUUCACAUUUGGCAGUAAAAAACGGUAUAAUUAGAGACAAGGAAUUUUAUACAGCAUCAACUCCAUUGAUUUAUUUUUUAUUGUCCUCUUGUAAUGGUCACGUGUGCACCUCACCCAAUCAAAUGGCAGUCUGCUCUAAACUUAAUAGCUGGCUGGAGCUUUGUGAGGGGGUUGCCUCUCCGUAUCCACAGAUUGUUAUUUUGUGAGAGUGUUACUGUAUGUGUGUGUUAGUGUUUUUAUGUGUGUGUGUGUGAGAGUGCGACCCCGCCAUGUCUACAUCCGGCGCUCUGACAGGAUACUACGUUGACGCUCUUAUUUUACCGGAGAACGAGGAGACUCGCUUCUCCUCAGGCUCAGCGCUCAUCCCGCACUCCAGGCCUCAUGUUCUGCCCACAGACCACACAGAGCUUGGUCCCUGCAUAUUCCCAGCAAAGCAACCUGUGUAUGGUGGCUCCGGUUGGGGCCACAUCCCAACUCAUUUUUCCAGUGGUGUGCCAGCAGUGUAUCAGCCGCAUACGCAGCCUCCUGUAGCUGGGGAUUACGUGCAGUCUUGGCUGUUGGAUUCUCCUUGUGGUCUGCCUCUCACUGAGCCACCGGCGGUCCAUCAUCAUUUUAAUUCCAAACCUGAUACACAUAGAACAAAUUAUGAAGGCGCACAGGCCAGUACACAUGCUGUGCAUCCUCCUGGGGACUUCGUUAACGGCGGAUGCUCUACCAAGCCAGAGACAGGACGAACUGCAGACGGGGACGGUGAGAUUGAAGAGAAACCAGUCGCUGAUCCAGACAACCCUGUGUCCAACUGGCUUCACGCGAGCUCUUCGCGUAAAAAACGCUGCCCUUAUACUAAGCACCAGAUCCUCGAGCUGGAGAAAGAGUUUUUAUUUAACACUUACCUCACGCGCGACCGCAGGUACGAGGUCGCGCGUCUCCUGAACCUAACGGAGAGACAGGUCAAAAUUUGGUUCCAAAACCGCAGGAUGAAGAUGAAAAAAAUAAACAAGGACGUAACGAAGGACGAUCGAGAAUAAAGCACUUCGUGUAGGUGAGGAUGAGGAACGAUCCAUCCAUUUGGUUGUUGGACCAAGUUUUUAUAUUAGGUCUUAUGUCAUUCCAUUCAAACGAACCAUAAUUGUCGAUUUUCUUAUAGCAUGUUAGGGCCUAGUCGUGGGAUUAGGCUGAUUGUUUGUCAUAUGUAGUUCUGUCUUAAUUGUUAAAUUUUUCGUUAAUGUCCAACCUACUUGCAGUUCUGUAUUUCACUUGGGCCCUGUUUUUUAAAGAAAGACUGAAUACGGAGCAAUGUGUGCUAAUCCAUUUCGAUUGUAGCUUAAUGUGUAUUUCGGAAGUCUUAUUAAUAGUUUUCUUAUAUGUUCUUUAGCAUUUUACUAAAUUUAAAGUUGGGGAUUGGGCCCAUGUUUAUGUUAGAUUACAGCCCUAAUAAGCUGUAUGAGGCUAUGGUCUUCACAUUUGUUUUGUAUGAUACAAAAUUAAUUAUAAAAAUUACUGAUGACAAAUAUUUUGCAAACACAUGCCACUACCUACACGACUAUGUAUUACUUUUUAAAAACUGACGAAAAUUUUCACGCCAUAUCAGCCGAUACAAUGGCUUUGACUGAGGUUUGUGAACAGAAAAUGGUUAAAUUAGAUACUGAGCUGUAGAAAUAAGCACUGUAGACAACUAUACAAAUACCUCAUGGUCUGUUGACCGUCAUGAUUUUGUUUUGAUUACUUUGAAACUUUUCAGAUGUAAUUUGUGAUUUUAUUUAUUGAAUAAUAAAAGCAAAUCAUAUCUCCAAACAAGUCUCCACGACAGUUUAAUGGAAAUUAAGUUGAAAAGUAUAUAAUAACAGAUUACUUUGCAAACUUGUACGAAGUAAUAUAAAAUAUUUUCUGCUUCUCUGAAGGUCUUUUGUUUUAUGGUUAGUUAUUUAUUUUUGUACUAAGAUUUUGCUUUGCUGAAUUUGAUGAAAGGGCUAUAUAUAAAUAAAAAUGAAUUAUUGUGAAAGAUUAUCCUAGUUUUGCACAGAUUCGGACAGAUAGAUUUUCGACAUAACUGUUAUCCAAGAUAACUAACUAAAAAGUAGCCACAUAAAACUUGACAUAUUAAUGCAAUGCCGUAAUCUCUGUCAGAAAAACAAUAUUCUUCUCAGCUUUAAAUCUAAUUCACACGAACAUACUAAUUUUAUCUAAAUCAGCAUUUAGAUUUGUGCCCAUGUGCAUUUACUUUUGAGGAAUGCGUUCUAAAGCGAGUUUGAACUCGGGAAAAGCAAUCUUUAGACCUGGCAGAUGAGGUUGUUAGCUGCAUGCACUACCAUAAAAGACAAUUACCGCUAUAACAGUUUAUGGGGUGCAAAGCGCUGCGAGGCGAGAGAACGCAACACAACAGAGUUGAUAUGAGGCUCGACACAUGAGGCCAGUAAUUUAUGCGUCAUGCGUGCAUGGAUCUAUGGAAUUGAAAGAACGGACCAACGUUUUUGCCUCCAUGACGAGGUACUUUUGCUAUUGACGAUAAGGCUGCCAUUUUAGAACCCAUUUUAGCACCCUCAAACCCAAAACACAGAUAUUUUAUAAAACGUAUACGUUAGAUGAUGGUAGGCAUAGUUAUCCGGAAUGAACGUUAACUUCAAAGGCCUAAUGUAGGAGCCAUGAAUCGUAGACUCGGCAACACUGUCUGGCAUUCCGCGUUCAAUGGCUUUAUGACCGCCCAGACACAAUUAGACCGUUUCCAGAGGCCUAGUUCCCAUUUGGAGAGGUUUUCCCCCCUUAUUCCCCACCUGCCUUCAGCGAGACUCGACAGUGUGCACAAAAACCAGCGGAAACAAUCUAGUUUUAUUGGCCUCUUUGAUUACAUUUCGCCCUACGGCACCCUAAAACCCCCUUUGUGCAGGCCUAGAAGGUAUACACAGCAAAUGGAAGCUUCUGUGCAGAUUCACCAGAAAUGAGCAUGUCAACGUUGAAAAACAUCCCCUUUCAUUCUAGGACACAGAAUUUUGUCUAAAGAUGAGGCUUAAACUUUGAGGUUACAGCUAAAAUAAACCAAUCUAUAUCGGAACUGUGCAUCUGCGUUGUUGUUAUACAGUUGAACCACUUGAUGUCAGCAAAACCUCACAAUCGAAGCAAUGCUUUUUCUUUUUUGUGUGCGUAAACAAUUGCAAGCUUUUGCAUUGCUCAGAUCUAUUCUUAAUGUUAAGCUAUUAAUACCAUUUUUUUCUUAUACACUAUGUUCCUGCUUUUUGCAUUACCAAAUCAUUGUAAUGAAGAUGAAUAAUUAAUUUGUGAAUAAAAAAAAUGUUAACAUGUAACGAAUGUUUUAAAAUGGAAAAUAAAUAGUUUUAAUUUAUUUUCGGUCAGCUUAAUUUUAAAUGAUAUUUAAUAUUAAAAUACUAUACGUGAUUAGUCCUGUUUGUUUAAAUGCCUAUUGCUCUAUUGACAACUACGUUUCCCAACAUUUUUACUUGACAUUCAUGAUACUCUGGUGUUUUUGGUGGUGAUACUUUGGGCACAAAACAAUGUCUACUGUGGCACCCAUGUUGUUGUACUUAAUGUGUUCCCACUAAGUCUAAUCUUUAAAAUAUAUAAUAAUAAUAACAACACAUUUCUCCGAAUAAGUUCACUCUCUUAACACAGAUAUAUUUAUUUAUUUAUUUUUUGCUACUUAUAAUAACAUUUAAUUUAUUUAAUAGUAUUUUUCACUUAGAAAUAUUUAUGUUUUGCUACUUAUAAUAACAUUUAAUUUAUUUAAUAGUCUUUUCACUUAGAAAUACCGUAUUAUUAUAUCAAAUUGUCAUAAAACUGCUCAAUUUGAAUACAGUGAAAGUAAAAAGGGACUUACUUUGUCGUUUAUAAGCCUAAAUUAAGACGUUUUCCUAUUUUGUUUAAAUUUAAGUUAAACUGUGUUUGUAACACUCUGAUUAUUUUAUUAACUGAUUAUUAACUGUUUUAUGUGGUUGAAAAUUAUUAACUUUGAAUGUACUUAGACUUCUUGUGGUACAGACACCAUAAAAAAGACAGAAAAAGAAAGGUUUUUUACACAUUAAUUUAUUUAAUAAGAUCUCGUGUGUAAUGAUAUGUAUAGUUUGUUUUUAGGUAAAUGUUAUAAGAAAUAUAUUUUUUAUGAAAUAACCCUUUGUUUAGUUGCAUUGUUUAAUAUUGUAUUCCUACCAGCAAUAGGUUUGUGAAUAAAGCUAAAUUUAUAUUUACAAAUUCAAUCAAUACGUCGUUCUUUCGUUU